AUGAAUAUGAUUAGUUGUUUAUAUAAUAAAAUGACUCAUAUAACUGUUAGUGUCGUUAGGGAUAAUCAGACUAAGCAGGAAGAGUGCAUGGACAAUAAUUUUAAAUAUUCUAAUGAAUUUAGUAAUAAAAUUCCUAAUUUUGAUAAAAACACAUGUACAGAUUUGUGCAAAAAAUGCUAUGAAUUAAAUAUAUAUAUAUUAAAAAUAUAUUAUGAUUUAAAAGAAUGCACAGAUAAUUAUUUUUAUUCCUUCUAUGGAGGAAAAAUAGAGGAUUUGAUUAAAAAAUGUUCGAAUGCAUCAAAAUUUAAUAAGGAUAUAGUAUCUUAUGAUGAAAAUGUUAAUAAAUUAGUAUUAGAGACAAGUGAAUGCUAUAAAAGAUGUAAAACAGAAAUAGAAGAGGAAAAAGAAGUUAAAUCACAAUUAUUAUCCCAUGUAGAAUCCUCUAAAACCAUAAUAUCAGAAAAAAAAUAUGCCCAAGAAAAACAUGAAGAGCAAUUACAGGAUAAUGUAUCAGAUAAAGAAGGAAUAGCUUCUGAGAAUAAACAGGACCUCCAGGUUUCAGGUGGUUCUGUUCAAAGUGAAGAUGAUGCGUAUGAAACAACAGAUAAAUAUACGUCUAGUAAAUCUGUGUAUGAAGUGGGGUUGACACAAGACAUAUCAAAUAUAGAAUUGGAUACGCAAGAAACAUCUUCUUCUGUUCAAAAUAUCCCCGAAAGGGAAUCACUUCAGGAUGUCAUUCUUCCAAAAGAAGGUGCACAAACAUCUGAACUUAGAUCAAAUAGUAACACUGUAGAAGAUUCUCAUGAAGACACGGGUAACGUUUCUGAUGCUAGCGUAGAUACUAACACUGCAGACGUCGAUAAUCAAAACACUGAUAUAGGUUCUAGUAAUACAACUCCUAUGGAUGAAGUAUCUAGUGGCGUAACUUAUGAUGCUGAAUAUUCUAGUAGUAGAUCUAUUUGUGGUGAGGACACUUGUAGUGGAAUUAACAGGAGUAAAUCCAUGAGUAGUAACACUGGUAAUGAUGUAUAUGAUUUUAGUGAAAUUGGUGAUAGUAGAAAAUUUUGUAAUGAUGAAUUAAGUAAUGAGAAACUUGUCACUGUAGUUCCUUAUGAAGCUCAAUCAAAUAAAGUACAAUUAUGUAAUGAUCAGCAGGUUCAGUUAACACAGGAUAUUAUCAUAAAUAAAGCAACAGAAAGUAUAAGUAACACAGAAUAUGGUAUUAUACUAGAAGAACCUAAAGGAAAUAAUGGAAUAUUGUAUAAAAAAUAUACCUUAAUGGUUUUAAUACCUUUGGCAAUUAUUCUCUUAUUGGGACUUCUUGUAAAGGUAAACUAA